CACUGCAGGAGUCAAGUGCAACAGAGGUUCAAUUUAUUGGAAAAAGAGUCUUUACACUUCAUGUUAUGUUGUUUUUUCCAGCUUGAAGCAUACUCUUCAAUAAGAGAAAUGAAGGUGUCUCAACGUUCCCAAGAGUCCAGAUGGGUGAAGAUCUGGGUUUCCCUGAAAGGCAGAAGGAAGAGCCAGUCAGUCCUGUCCAGCUAGUGGGUGUCAGACGGCGCAGAGUGUUUACCAUGCCUCUGGGAACGUUCCUCCUUCCUGUUCUCUGUUUCUUGGGAGUGGCAAUUCCAAGGGGACUGCAGUAUGUCACGUUCUCACGCAACGCUACAAAAUUCCUCCAUCUGUCCAUGGACUUAGAAUCAGGGACCAUUUACCUGGGGGCUACCAACUUUCUCUUUCAGCUGACAUCCGACCUGCUGAUGGAGAACAUGGUUCAAACUGGACCAGUUUUGGACAGCAAAGAUUGUCUGCCCCCAGUCUCAAAGCUGGAGUGCCCUCAAGCACACCAUACUGACAAUCACAACAAGCUGCUUCUGGUGAACUCAGUGCAGAAGGAGCUGAUUGUGUGUGGCAGCGUGCACCAGGGCAUCUGUGAGAAGAGGAGCCUCACCUCCAUUGACCAUGUUCUCUUCCGACCAGAGAGCCCCGGUGACACUCAGUAUGUUGCUGCCAAUGACCCCAAUAUCACCACCGUGGGACUCGUAGCCUACUCGAAGGACGAGGUCCCCUUGCUGUUUGUGGGACGGGGAUACACUAGCCGAGGAGUUGGAGGAGGGAUUCCUCCCAUUACAACCCGAAAUCUCAGGGCCCACGGCAGCGAUGUUCAAGCAACGGACUCUCACUCUAUUUUCUCCUACGAAGAAACAGCCAAGCUGGCAGUGGGGCGGCUCUCUGAGUACAACCACCACUUCAUUAAGUCCUUCACUUACCGCUCGAGUGUCUAUUUCCUCUUCUACCGCCGAGACCUCAAGUCUCAGUCACGCGAGUACAAGACCUACAUCUCGCGAAUCUGCUUGGAUGACUCUCAUUAUUACUCGUACGUGGAGUUACCUCUGCUCUGCCAGAGCAAAACCAAUACUUACAGCCUCCUGCAAGCGGCCUACGUCACCCAGCCGGGGAAGGACCUGGCCCAGGGGCAGCUGGACACUGAUGGGGAGGUGCUGUUUGCAACCUUCUCUGCCUGGCAGGCUUCUUCAGGCAAACUGAGCGAGGAGUCUGCGCUCUGCAUCUAUGCCAUGGAGGAGGUGGACCGCUUGACCAACUGGACGAGGGAUGUGUGCUACAUGAGAGAUGGGAAGUCAGAAGACGGGACGGAAGUGGCGUACAUUGAGUAUGAUGUCAGCUCCAACUGUGUCCAGCUGCCAGCGGACACCCUGUAUGCGUACCCCUGUGGCUCUGACCACACUCCCAGCCCCAUGGCCAGCCGGGUCCCCUUGGAAGCAGCCCCUCUCCUGGAGACAACAGAGUCCCGACUGACAGCUGUGGCAGUGAAUGUGGAAGAUGGCCACACCAUUGCUUUUCUAGGAGACAGCAGGGGGAGACUGCAUAAGGUGUAUUUAGGAGCAAUGGGAGAUGCACACAUCUAUGCUUCUUUAGCUAUCCAGUUGAACAGCAUGGUGAGUGGAGACCUGCUGUUUGACCAGUUGCAGGAGCACCUCUUCGUCAUGACCCAGUCAAUGGUGCUAAAAGUUCCCAUACUGGAGUGUUCCCUGCACUCAGACUGCGAGUCCUGUCUGGCGCUGGAGGAUCCUUACUGUGGCUGGUGUGUCCUUCAGGGACGGUGCAGCCGUCGCUCGGAGUGCUUGAGGUCUGGAUUGAGUGAGCAGUGGCUCUGGAGCUUCAACUCUACACAGCAGUGUCUCUCUGUCCAGUCACUAACUCCAGCCAAUAUCAGCCGAGAGGAAAAGAGAAAUAUAUUCCUGGCUAUCUCAGACUUACCUUCUCUGCAUGAGGAAGAAUUUUACUCAUGUUACUUUCAAGAUUAUGAAAGCUCAGCAGUUCUGACAGAGUCAGGAAUCAUGUGUCCUUCACCAGAUCCCAACCAAACACCAGCCUUGCCAGCAGGAGCAGAUCAUGUCACCAUAAAGCUUGUAGUGCGUUUCCAUGACAUCUUCAUUGCUUCUGUGGACUUCUCUUUCUAUGAUUGUGCUGCAGUGGCCCUGCUAUGGAAAUCAGCACCGUGCCAGAAGUGUGUGAGCAGUCCCUGGGGAUGCAACUGGUGCGUCCAGCAGCACCUCUGCACCCACAAAGCAGCCUGUGAAGAAGGAACCAUUAUCUACAAUGAAAGGGCCCAGAUCCCAACUUCAAGUGUGUUCCCUUCUUCAGCAGCUCCCCUCACUAAGUCCUCUACCGUAGCCCCAACGGUGGCCGUAAAACCCAUCACUCCCCCUGUGCAUGCAGUAUCAAGCACUGUGCCCCCCACAGAGCCCAACCACAUCACAUUCUCUGCUGCCUCCAAUUCAAUGACUGAGUCUACAGAAAUCAUUAGCAACCCGUACUCAACACUUUCAGCUGAAGCAGCAUCUCUCCAGGCCAUCACAGAACAUCCCCUGCCACCACCAGCAGACAAACCUGCUGUCACUCUGCCAGGCACAGCUUCUCCUGCUGCAUCUAUUUUCACCAGCCCAGGCAAAAAUGUGGAUCAUGCAGCCUUGCCAACCAUAGGGCCCUCCACUGCCCAGGAGCCGUGGCACACUGAGCCACCUACCACUGUAGCAGCUUCUCCUCUGUUCACAUCUUCUCCAGCAGUGACACCUUCCCCUCAUGUCACCAGUUUCAGGUGGCCUCUGAGUUCUUUUCCUACCACGGAGGCCCUGACAUCUGCCAUCCCAUCUCCCCAAACCCCUGGCCAGAUGCUAGAGGACCCUUCUGCCUCUAAUGACUCUCCUGCCAUGCUGGGAACUGAAAUACCUGCAUCAGAUCCUCCACCAUCAGCUCCCCAAGAUUCGCUGCUGGGGGAGGACACGGAGCUCCAGGACACAGAGGAUUGGAUGGAUUUGCUGCAGGCUGAAAACGACACAUCUCCCUUCUCUGCUUCUACUCUUUUAUCGGGUGAUGGUGAUUCUUCAGAGAGGGAUGUCCCUGACUUACCCAGGAUCCUCCACCCUGACCUUGACUAUCAGUAUGAUGCCCCUGGAUUCUGGGAGAAUGAAGAGCUUAGUUGGGGUCCUGGUGCAUGUCCCUGUGUGCAAGGAAUCCAGGGAUCUUCACUGUUUCCAGUCAAUGUGGCGAGGAAGAUAACCCUGCUUGGAAAGAACUUCCACCUUUACCAGGACCAGCAGUGGGACUAUGAGUGUGUCCUGAAUUUGGAAGGGAAGAUGAUGAUGAUGGAUGCUUAUGUGGAAGGGGAUGAAGCAAACCAGUCCCUGUGUUACAUCACCUGCCAGCUGAACCAGUACAGCUACACAGCACCUCAACUGGAAUUCAAUGCUGUGGUGUUUGUGCAGAGGCGGCAGCAGCUUCGAGUGGACAGUGCUGCAGAUCUUCACGUGACUUUCUACAACUGCUCCGUGGGACACACUGACUGUAGCCGCUGCCAAACAGCCGACUCAAAGUACAACUGUGUGUGGUGUGGUGGUGACAAGCCCAGCUGUAUCUUCAGGGGCUCCUGCAAGGAAGAGAUAGAAGACUUGUGUCCAGCACCUCUCAUUCACUCUGUGUACCCCCUGUCUGGACCAGUGGAAGGUGGCACUAGAAUCACCAUCACUGGCUCAAACCUCGGGCAGAAACAUCAAGACAUUGCAGACACUGUCACUGUUGCAGGAAUUCCCUGUGCCGUAGAUGCUCAAGAGUAUGAGAUCUCUAGCAGCAUCGUGUGCGUCACCGGUGGGAGCUGGACAGAGAGAUUUGGGCACAUUGUGGUGGAAGUGCCUGGAGGAGGACGUGGAGUCUCCGAGCAUAUUUUCACCUAUCAGAACCCAGAGCUGAAAUCCAUAGUUCCAACUCAGGGCCCCAAAGCAGGAGGAACCUGCCUUACACUGCUGGGCUCAAAGCUGCUAACUGGACAUCCUAAUGAGAUCAGUGUCCUGCUCGGAGACCUCCCUUGCCACAUCCUCUCUGAGAUGACAGAGGAUCAGUUGGCAUGCCAGACAAGUCCCAGCAAUGUGUCUACAGAACUCCCAGUCACUAUCAAAUACGGAGACCAGGAGCGGAGGCUGGAAGGUUCCCUCUUCAGAUAUACUCUAGAUCCCAAUAUCACUUUUGCAGAGCCACCCAAAAGCUUUCUCAGUGGGGGGAGAGUACUCAGAGUUCAUGGAUACAACUUGGAUGUUGUACAGAGCCCCAAGAUUCGAGUUACAGUUUCUCCCUCUGAACGCCGGCGCCGAGGCCUGGGGAGAUGGCGCAGAAUCAUCGCAGACACCGAGUGCCCCAAGGAUGCUGUGUGCAGCAUCCAGCAGUUUGAAGAACCAUGUCUUGUUAACUCCUCCUACCUGAUCCUGUGCAAAACUCCAGCCAUUAACCUGCUACUGCGGAGUGUCCACAUCAAGCUGGAAUUUAUUCUGGAUAAUCUGAGCUUUGAUUUCAACUCAUUGCAUCCCAUGCCCUUCUCUUACGAAGUCAACCCCAUCCUCAAGCCGCUGAAUGCUGAAGAUCCUGCCAAGCCCUAUCGUCACAAGCCUGGAAGUGUGAUUUCUGUGGAGGGGGAAAAUCUAGAUCUGGCCAUUUCCAAGGAUGAAGUUAUGGCCAUGAUUGGGGAAGGAAUCUGUGUGGUGAAGACAUUAACGAGGAACCAUCUGUACUGCGAGCCUCCCUCUGAGCAGCCGGCUCCACGGCACCGCACAAAGCGGGAGGGCACUGAUCUGCUCCCGGAGUUCACGGUGCAGAUGGGAAACCUGAACUUCCUCCUGGGCAGAGUGCAGUACGACACAGAAAGCCAGCUCACCUUUCCGCUGGAGGCACAGAUUGGUCUGGGUGUUGGUGCAUCCUUCGUGGCACUGAUUGUUCUGGUCAUUGUCUUCAUAUACAGGAGGAAGAGUAAACAGGCUCUGAGGGAUUACAAGAAAGUUCAAAUCCAGCUGGAAAAUCUAGAAACAAGUGUUCGGGACAGAUGCAAAAAGGAAUUCACAGACCUGAUGACUGAGAUGAUGGACCUCACAAGUGACCUUGUGGGCACAGGCAUCCCCUUCCUGGACUACAAGUCCUAUGCAGAGCGCAUUUUCUUUCCGGGCCACCGUGAGUCACCACUGCAAAGGGACCUGGACAUCCCUGAGUGCCGUCGGCAAACUGUGGAGCAGGGCUUGGUCCAGCUUUCCAACCUGCUCAAUAGCAAACUCUUCCUCACCAAGUUCAUCCACACUCUGGAAAUCCAGCGCACUUUCUCCCCAAGAGACCGGGCCUAUGUGGCAUCACUGCUUACUGUGUCGCUGCAUGGGAAGCUGGAAUACUUCACUGACAUCCUCAAAACACUCCUGAAUGACCUUGUGGAGCAGUACGUGGCCAAGAACCCAAAGCUGAUGUUGCGGAGGACAGAAACAGUGGUAGAGAAGCUGUUAACCAACUGGAUGUCCAUCUGCCUGUAUGCAUUUGUGAGGGACUCUGUAGGAGAGCCACUUUACAUGCUGUUUCGAGGAAUCAAGCACCAGGUGGACAAGGGGCCUGUCGACUGGGUGACAGGGAAAGCCAAAUACACCCUGAAUGACAACCGCCUUCUGAGGGAGGACCUGGAGUAUCGCACUCUGACUUUAAAUGCUUUAACACAAGCAGGAGUUGCUACAGGAGGGGCAGAGGACUCCCAGGGGAUUUCUGCUAAAGUGCUAGACUGUGACACCAUAACACAAGUGAAGGAGAAAAUCCUAGAUCAGAUUUAUAAAGGGAUGCCGUACUGUCAUCGACCAGACCCAGACACCCUGGAUCUCGAGUGGAGAUCAGGGCUGGCAGGUCAUCUGAUACUGUCUGAUGAGGAUGUGACAUCUGUUGUUCAAGGAACUUGGAAACGCCUGAACACUCUUCAGCACUACAAGGUGCCUGAUGGAGCAACAGUAGCUCUGGUGCCACGACUGACCAAACAUAUCCAUAGAGAGAAUCAAGAUUACAUCCCAGGAGAGAAAACACCUAUGCUGGAGGAUGCAGAUGAAGGUGGGAUAAAACUUUGGCACCUGGUAAAACCAACAGAAGAGCCAGAGCUUCCCAAGCAUCGUCGUGGAAGCUUGAGAGAUCGGGAGCGAGCCAAGGCAAUCCCGGAGAUCUACCUGACACGUCUGCUCUCUAUGAAGGGCACUCUGCAGAAGUUUGUGGAUGACUUGUUCCAGGUGAUCCUCAGUACUAGCCGCCCUGUUCCCCUGGCAGUCAAAUACUUCUUUGAUCUGUUGGAUGAGCAAGCUUUACACUAUGGGAUUGCAGACCCUGAGACCAUCCAUAUCUGGAAGACAAACAGCCUCCCACUGCGGUUUUGGAUCAACAUCAUCAAGAAUCCCCAGUUUGUUUUUGAUGUGCAGACAUCAGAUAAUGUAGAUGCUGUGCUCCUGGUCAUUGCACAGACCUUCAUGGACUCCUGUACCAUUGCUGACCAUAAGCUAGGGCGGGACUCUCCGAUCAAUAAGCUGCUCUAUGCCCGGGACAUUCCUCGCUACAAGCAGAUGGUGGAAAGGUAUUAUGCAGACAUUCGCCAGACCAUCUCUGCCAGUGACCAGGAGAUGAACUCUGCCCUGGCUGAGCUAUCGCGGAAUUACUCAGGUGACCUCAAUUCCCUGGUGGCUCUGCAUGAAUUGUACAAAUACAUCAACAAGUACUAUGACCAGAUCAUUACUGCUUUGGAAGAAGACCCAACAGCACAGAAGAUGCAGCUUGGAUAUAGGCUACAACAGAUUGCAGCAGCUGUGGAGAAUAAAGUCACAGAUUUGUGACAGGUGCAGACAGACUGUUCUCCCCUGGCUGGACAGGGACAGUGCUCGUCCUAGCUGUGUGCAGGGUGUCCUGCUGUCAUUGGAACCAGACUCUCCAAGGAGCCAGCAAGUGACAUGAACGGGGUUGGCCAAGGCAGUACCAAGUACAAGCGUCCUUGCAUCUCAGAGAGUAUUUUUUUAAAGUUGUUCUUUUUUUCUUUUCAAAAAGCGAAACAAAUGAAUUUCAGUUUUCCUCUGACAGUCUCAGGGGACCAAGCAGCUCCUUCCUACAGUUAUCAGGAGAAUGUGCCAACCUUCUAAAUGCUGCUGUUGAAGAGCCAGGUGGCAGCACCAAGCACCGUGUCUGUGGAGUCCUUGGCCUUGCGUGAGUGCCCUUGCCCAGUGCUGGGAGGCUCCCCUACUGGCUGCUUAUUUUGAUGGGGAUACAGGAAGCUUUCCCCUGGUCUUACAGCUGCACUGACCUUCAUCUCCAUCUGGAUGAGUGAGCGCUCCUGCUCUGUUCCACCUGAGAAGCUUCUUUGCAGCAAUGUUUUCACUGGUUCUGGAUGUUGGAUGUAAGAAGGAGAGGGACCAAUGGCAAAGGUCCCUUGCUCCCAGUGUUCUGGUCUUAUUACUUGGGUGCAACGUCUGUUUGGAUGAGAUACGUUCACCAGCACGCAGGCUUGCCCAGGAGCCCACUGUAAAUGGGCCACCCCCCACCCUUCCCCUCAGGACAAAUGUAGUGUGUGAGGAGUCAGCUGUCUGGCUGGUCCCAAUCUCCACUGACCCAGCUCUGGAUCUGUCAGAAGUUCAGGGGUUGUCCUGCUCUUUGGAAAAGCACAACAAUGCCUUGUGCCACUUCCCCUUUCCUCUGGUAUCUGGUUGUUCUGCUGCUCUGAACUGGAUUUGUAAAUACCCUCAGAAGGAUAAUGUAUUUAAAUGCUAAAGGAGAAUGUUUAACUUUGUUGCUUUGAGACAAAGCUUUUCUUGGAGAAGCAUCUCUGUGCACUUCUACUGACAAACGUCUGUCAGCACUGGAGCAAAGUUUUCUCCACUGCUUUGUCUGCAGGGAUAACUUGUGGAUGUCUCCAUUGUAACAGCAGCUUGCUUUUCCCCACAGCUCAGUUUGAUGUUUAGCUGUGUGUUCCUGUUAGACUUGCCUUACACCUCAGUUUUGCCUCCCAAACUCUCCUGUUGUGGCACACAGAAGGGUGAUCUGGUGAGCUGUGAACUCAAGGGAGCCAUGAGGCACAACCACGUUCCUGAAGAGCAUCUGGUGUCCUGCAAACAGCAGUGACUGAUGCGAGGAAAGCAAGGCCAGAGCAGGUGUGCCAUUAGCCUUCAGCCAUAGCUGGGCAGCACCUCUGCUCCCUCCUGGAGAGCCGUCAGGAAGCCUCACAGCACUCUGCCCAUAGUGAUUGAAUUCCAGUUUUAAAGGGUAUCCUUCACUUUCUUAUCCCCCAUUGAGUCCAAGCUGAUGUCCUUCGUCUCUGAGGUAGAUCAGGUCUGACUCCUCUGACACUGCUGAUGGUGGUUGUGCAGGCCUGGAAGGACUAGAGCUAGAUCAGGGCAGGAUCACAUGCCUGCCUCUCUGCGUUGCACAUAGCUGCAUUUCCAGGCCUGUGAAUCAGCUGUGUGGCUUUGUGUGAGCACUGUGCAGUUGCAGGAUGUUUUCCUGAGCAAUAUAACCAGCUAAUGUUGGCAUCUCUUCCUGCAAAGCCAGUGCUUUCCCAUGAGCUCUCCUCCCAGCAGAAUUCCCAGGUACUUUGUGUGCUCAGAGUGCUGCUGUCCUGCUGUGCAGAGCAGCUGCUGAGCAGGCCCUGUCAAGAGCUCAGUGUCUGCCAGCCUCCUUUCCCAGAGAGCACCAGUUUGUGUCUGUCUCUCGCCUGACCGCCCCAUUCCAUGGAACUUGUGGGAACUUAGCUUCUCUGAAACCUCUGUCUCAACAGAACGUGGUAAAAUUAGUCCCUAAAAAGCCGGGUGGAAGAAAGGACUUGGCAGUGUCUGCCAGGAGCUGUGUGCUGUAGGCUGCUGCUGUUUUGUGGGAUUUCCCUCUGCUUUCCCUGAACGAGGUGGUGCAGGACUUGAUUCUGGAUUCCCCUCGAACGAGUAAGGGAGGGAGACUCAGGAGCGCUCCUAGGGAUCCAGGUCUCUCCUGCUCUGCACUGGCAGCUCUGUGUUCUGUUGUGUCUCUUCUGCUGUUACUUGCUGCGGUCAGAUGAGUUCUGUCCACACAGCCUGGCUCAGGCUGCCAGGGAAGCAGGCUCCACAUCCUCUUUACUUCUCAGUAGUGCUUCUGGAUGUUGGAGAUUAUUUACUUUCUCUAAGAAUAUCUGUGAAAGUCGGCUUUUAUCAAAGCAAUAAUCAAGGCAUAAGAGUAGAGCUAAACGUAAGUGAUUUCUUUAACAUCUCAAGUUUGUCCCUAUGUGGCUGACCAGGAGGCACUGCCUGGCGCAGGGGCAGUGAGUGGUGCCCAGCUCUCCCCACUGCUUGCCUUUGGAGUUGUAGGUAACAGUGUCCUGCUCACUGGGGGCAUGUGCUGCAGCUCCUUGCUGGGUGCUUAGGCUUGGCCCUGUUUCUCUCCGUCCACACCACGCUCCUGUGGUAAAAAGCAUUACUACAACAGGGUUCUGUUGCAUUGAAAUUUGCACAAAACAGCUUUUAUUAUAAAAUUCCCUAGUGCAGGGAAGACUUUAUUUAUUAUUUCUCAUAAUUCACGUUUCUUCCAGUCUCUGCCUGGUUUCUCAGCUUGUUGGGUGCGCUGGGGAUGGAAGGAGCCCCUCUGAUGCUCCUGCAGGCAGCAGAAUGGAGCUGUGGAGAAUGUAAGUGCUGUGAGGGGAUGUCACCAUGUCAAUCGUGUCCUCAGAAAGAUGAUGUUGAAUGGCAGGUUUGGGGUCUGCUUUGUACUGCGGUCAGAGAAAUACAUUUGAUUUCACCGUGGUCUGCAUGAAACGCUGAUAACUGAUCAGUAUUAAGCAUCAUGAGUGAGUUUGAGUGUCUCCUGUCAGUAAGGCUAGGAGUAGCCAGCACCCACACGAUGGAGGUGUGAGAGUGCUUGCCUUCAUCUGUUUGGUGGCAAACUGUAGGCUGUAUCUGGAAGCUUUUUUCUUUAGUAGAAAAGAUGGGUAAUUUCUUUUUAAAGAAAACAAGAGGGCUUUGAGAUCCUGCUGCCUUGGUGGAAUGCCAUUUCUUUUUCAGGGUAUGCCCCAGUUGCAGCAAGAUGCUGCUUUUUUGGUGCCUUUCUUGUCAGAGUGAUUGUUUUGGUUUCCAGAAUACCUAGCUUGUUCCUGUAGCCCUUCCUCCUGGUCUUGUCCAGGUAUUUGCCCUUUCCCAGCCAGGCAACUUGGUGUCUCUGUUACAGCACGAUCUGAUCUGCUUUUGUGCCAUGCCACACCUUGAGUUCUGCUCAGAGCACCUGAGGUACUGUCUUUCUCAAAUUGGAAUUAAUAAUUAAUAUAAAAAGCUUGAAAAAAAAUCUGAAUUUUGUUACAUAGUGUAAUAACUGUUUGUAGAUACUGUUCUGAGAUGUAGGAAUCUUUUGGUGAUAUAAGAGGUUUUGUCUGUAAAUAAUCAGUUUAGAGUUCAAAUGAUUUUAAUAAAGAGAAUUCUUACACAAUAAUUCAAUAAAUUUUAAUAUACAA